UCUCCAUCUGUCAGAGUGUUUUGCAGCCUCUUGCCCCUCCCUCCUCCCAUAUGGCCAUCCCAUAGUAAUCCCAGGCCCCAUUUCCCUUCCCCUCAAUCUCCCAACUCCUGGUAAACGUCCCACUUUCCCUCUCGCAGUACUUUCUGCCCUCCCAUCCCAUGUCCAGUUCAGAUGGGAGUCCUGGCGUCACUGGUCGCUCUGCUCUGCGUGUGGGCCCCUCAAGCGAGCGGAGCCGAGGGGUGCGGCGGUUUUAAACACCUGGAGAACGGCCAGACGUUUUUCCGUUACGGCGGACUGCUGGUGAUCUUCCGCUGUCGUCCUGGCUACAAGCUCCAUGGAUACAAGACAAACAGCUGUGUGUCUGAACACUGGUCCCGGGACACCCCAGUCUGUGUCGGCUCCGGCUGCCCCGACCCAGGGCCCCUCAGCCACGGCACGAGCAGCACCAACGAGGACGGCUCCUGGGUCGUGUUUGGCUGCAAUGGUGGCUUUCAGCUGCACGGGCCGUCGAUGUUGUACUGUAAGGGCCCCACCUGGAACAGCACGAAGCCGGUAUGCAAAGAGUCCGACAUGAUGCGCUCAGUUUCACGUGUCAAUGUGCAACCGCCUAACGCACGUCAGAACCUACAGGCGGGCGUAGUUCCGAAAACCCAACAACAAUCCCGCUACGACGCCCCCACUGAUACCGCUUCCGAAGAAGAAAAGCUCAGAUCUGUCUUGUUUUCUCACACGCCGUCCAAGAUGCUGGGCAGGGAGCAGAUUAAAGUGACCAACCCAGACCUGCACCUGCAACCGAAUGUUCAGUUUUCCGAUUUUAAAGUCAAAGACGGAGUCCGGACGAAUCCUGUUGAGGCUAAACUUCAGGAGGCAAAUGAGGCUCAGCAGGGAGAGGAGCCAGGAGGCGGGAGGCAUCACACGCAGGCAGCGGAUCAGUCGACGUCCUCUCCGCUGUCACUUUCUGCAGCACAAACACCAGCUCUCACCGACACUGAGACGGUCCACCUCACAAGCUCGGCUCUUGCUGUUCCCGGCAGUGACAUCGUGCUACGUUUUGGAGAACCUGAGGCCGGUGUGCUUCCUUCUGAAGUAGCAACGGGCUCUUCACAAACGGCAGACGAGGACCAGCCGGCUGAAGCUGGCUUCCGCCAUCCUCCUCCGGCUGGGCCUGAAGAGAACCCAGACACUUCUUUCACUUCUACCAGUUCUUCCUCCACUGCGUCACCUCCUUCCUUCCUACCGGCCCCCAUUCCGCCCUUCCCUGCCUCAACGUCCUCAAGUCCCAGCUCCACCCAGUCGAAUGAGAAGACUCAUGUGAGCACUGAGGCAGGAUCUCACCAGGACGAACCCUACAGCGCCGCCCUCAAACCGCCUCCGCCGUCUCUGAGACCCGUGUGCAUGCGCCCGCAGGCGCCCGCUCACGGGACCUUCUACUUGCAUUCUAUGGAUGAUCACGGCACCAGAGAGCACAAGCAGUACAUACAGUAUGUCUGUUACCCCGGUUACACGCUGGCUGAUGGAGACACACACAGCUACUGCCAGCAGGGAGACACCUGGAGCGGAAUCCCUCCUGUGUGUCUGGAGCUAGCACCUUGUUCAGUUAACCACGGAGGCUGCUCCCAGCUGUGCUCGCUCUCGGAACAUUACAACCAGAGCACCAGCCGGACCCGGACCCGAUCUCGGUGCCACUGCAGGGCCGGAUUCACUCUGCAGCAUGACGGGCGAACUUGUCGAGAUAUCAACGAGUGUGCUGUUAAUCAGGGGCUCGGGCCGUGUGCUGAGCGGUGCCUUAACUCCCCUGGAUCCUACAGAUGCUCCUGCUCGUACGGUUACAUCUUAGCUGGCAACGGGCGCAGUUGCAUCGCAGAGUGUCCACCUGGGUACCGGAAGCAACCCGCAGCUGCACUACCUGAGAACUCAACUGCACCGGCUCUCCGGGAGGAGUGCGUCGAUAUAAAUGAGUGCCAGGAGGGAACGUGUGAGGGGCAGUGCGUCAACCUCCCCGGCUCCCACCGCUGCAUCUGUCCCAGAGGGUACGCACUGCACGGAGAUGGCCGACGCUGCAAAGACAUUAAUGAGUGCAGCCGGAGGAAUGGAGGGUGUUCCCACCUGUGUUUGAACCAAAAAGGUGGCUAUAAAUGUGCCUGCCCAGGCUCCCAUCGGCUCUCCCCCUACAGCUGGAAGAAAUGUUUACCAAGGGCAACAGCGGCCUCUGCUGGCUGAGCAGUGUGAAGACACACUUUAACACACGUGUUUAUUUAUAUAAUGUUGCUGUGGAAGGAACAACAAAUAAACUAAAAACUUCUAAAAUUGUGGCAUUUUUCACCAGCUUUCCACUGGCUAAAUGCCCUGUGCAUAAAUGGACAUGCUUCUUCCUACCAGCCUGAU